GAAUGACAUAAAAACCUGAUCCCUCAGGUAUAGUGCUUUCCUUUGUGAAUGUUAUUUCUUUUCUUUUUUAAAUGCAACAGUUAAAACUUACAGGUUUUUUUUUUCUUGUUUUUUCUUUGAUUGACUCCCUAACUCUGCCUACACAGACACACCCUCAGGAUAUAGGCUAUACAUCAAGUGGCUGCUCCUGUGAAUUUUUAUUAGACAUCAAUGAGAAUUCUGCCAGAAAUCACUAUGUGCCCUGUAUGAACUGUUGUAGGACUAUCAUUGCAUUUUCUCGGUAUGUCCAGGAAGCAACCUUUGAUGAUAUGGAAAUUCUGAUCAAAGAUGUGAUGAAAUACAAAGAUAAGUGCUUGGCCAACAAGACACUUCUAGAGUGUUCAAAACCAGCUAAUAAUGUUUUACAGGACAUGAUAUGUUCAGUGGAGGGGCUGCCUCAAAAGCAUAAUUUUUCACACUGCUGUAGUAAAGUUGACUUUGAAAGAAGACAUUGUUUCUUAUAUAACAAGAAAGCUGAUGUAGGAUUUCUGCCUCCUUUCCCUAUUCUAGAUCCUUAAGAGAAAUGUGAGGCUUAUAAAAAUACCAGAGAAUCUUUUCUAAAUCAAUGUAUGUAUGAAGUUGCCAGAAGAAACCCCUUUGUCUUUGCCCCUACACUACUAAUUGUUGCUGCUCGCUUUGAGGAGGUGGUAAAAACCUGUUGUGCAGAACAUCAGAAAGCCAACUGCUUUCAAGCAAUGGCCACACCUGUUACACAGUAUUUAAAAGCAUUUUCUUCUUAUCAAAAAAAUGUCUGUGGGGCCCUUAUGAAAUUUGGACCCAAAGUCUUAAACUCUAUAAACAUUGCUGUGUUCAGUAAAAAAUUCCCCAAGAUUGAAUUUAGGGAACUUACCUCUCUCCUACAAGAGGUUUCUUCUAUGUAUGAUGGGUGCUGUGAAGGGGAUGCUUUGCAGUGCAUCCAUGACCAGAGCAAGGUUAUGAGACAUAUUUUUUCAAAACAAGAUUCCAUCUCCAGCAAAAUCAAACAGUGCUGUGAAAAGAAAAUACCAGAACGUGAAGACUGCAUAAUUAACUUGAAUAAAGAUGACAGACCAAAGAAUGUAUCUCUAACAGAAGCAAAAUUUAUUCACAUUGAACAUAUGUGUCAAGAAAGAGAAACUGACCCAGAGCACUUCUUUGCCAGGUUUCUUUAUGAAUACUCAAGGAGACAUCCAGACCUGUCCACAUCAGAGCUUCUGAGAACUGCUGGAGUGUCUGAGGAUUUUCUGAGAGAUUGUUGCAGCAGAGAGACACUUACAGAUUGUUAUCGUCACAUGAAAGACAAAUUCAAUGACACAACUGGGGAAAGUCUCCAGAUGGUACAACAAGAAUGUAAACAUUUCCAAAAUUUGGGAAAAGAUGGCUUAAAACACCACUAUCUUAUUAAGCUCACAAAGAUAGUCCCCCAGCUUUCCACUGAAGAACUGAUCUCUCUUGGCAAGGAGAUGGUGACAGCUCUGACCACCUGCUACACACUAAGUGAUGAGUUUGCCUGUGUUGAUGAUUUGUUGAGCAUGGCAGAUUUAGUUCUUGGAGAAUUAUGUGGAAUAAAUGAAAAUCAAACCAUCAAUCCUGCUAUGGACCACUGUUUGAAUUUUGCCUUUAGAAGGCACUGCUUUGAGGGUUUGAAAGCUGAUAAAACAUAUGUGCCUCCCCCACUCUCUCAAGACUUACCUGUUUUUCCUGUUGACUGGUGUCAGUCUCAGAAUGAGGUGCCUCAGGGAAAGAAAUACAGGUUUCUUAUCAAGUUAGUGAGGCUGAAGCCUCAACUCACUGAUGAAGAGCUUCUGUCUUUGUUGACAAAUUUCACCAGUGCGGUGGAGAAGUGCUGCAAAGUGCCAGAGCCUGAAGCCUGCUUUCAUGAAGAGAGCCCAUACAUUGGCUACUAAAGCCAGGCUGCUUCAGAAACAUGAAAUAAAAAGCACCAGAGACAAAAGUGUGAAACAAAUGGAUGUGGUUUCUAUGUCCUGCUGGUGAAGGAGAAGACAGCUAGCAAGCAGGAACCUCUGCUGUCACAGUAUUGGAGGCUGGGAAGUCCAAGAGGGUGAUGCUCCAGAUUCCAUACCUGCACCAGCAUUAUGGUUGCUCAGUUUCUUCACAAAGCAAAUCAUGAAGAAGUACAGACCUGACUUAAAGAGUUACUAGCUCUUUUGGAAAAGUACAAGAAGCUGAAAUACUAUGAGGCACUUUCAGAAGGUGCUCACCAAUUGGUGCUUCUUGAGAAACAGCAGCUGUUGGUCAUGAUGAGAUUUUCCCUGCCUAAUAAAGAAGUCUCCAUGAAUUAAAUAAACAAUUCCAAAGUUUGUAUACUUAAAAAUAUGAUCCAUCAACCACAUCAUUUGAGCAACAACCAGUCCUUUGUCCUGCAGGCACAUCAUCAGGAUGCACACGUCUCCUGUGGACUGAUCAUUCACCAACACCACGGCUUCAUCUCUCCAGAUUGCUUUAACUUCUUCCCCCCAUUCCAUCACUGUGUAUCCAGCAUGCCAUCCCCAGGAAGCCACCAUUCCCAAAAGCCAUUUGUACAUGGUUCCUUCAAUAAACCAAAACUGCUUACUGUCCAGCCCACAAA